AUGGAGCCUAAAAUAGUGAUGGAUGAUAAAGGAAUUGAUAGACUUAAAUUUCUUCUAGAGAAAUCUAAGAUUUAUACAUCUAUUCUUAGUGAAAAAUUGAAAAAACGAGUUAAGGAUAAUGAAAUACAAAAGAAAUUUAUAUCUUUAGAAAAAAAAGAGAUCAAAAGUGAAUUUUCUGAUUUAGAUUUAUUAGAUCAUUCUGAAGUAUCUGAAAAGAAAGAAAAAGAUAAAUUAGUUUCCAAAAAAAAUAAUGUUUCAGUAAAAAAAACAGCUAAGUCAAAACAUGGUCAUGGAAGUCGUAUUACAGAUUAUUUUACUAUGAAAGUUGCAGAAACGUUAUGUGAACCCGAGGAAAGUUAUCAAUCCAAAGACGAUUUUGAUAUUGCUGAUAAGACGUUAUCUUUGAUUUCUCAACCGAAAUUAGUUACUGGAUGUGUUUUACGUGAUUAUCAGCUCGCUGGUGUAGAAUGGUUGGCAUCACUUUAUGAAAAUGGUUUAAAUGGUAUCCUUGCAGACGAAAUGGGUUUAGGUAAAACGCUUCAAACUAUUUCAUUCUUAGCUUUUUUGCGUGAAAAAGGUACUUAUGGGCCGUUCUUAAUUGCUGCUCCUUUGUCAACCAUUAGUAACUGGGUUUUUGAGUUUAGAAAAUUUGCUCCCGAAAUUCCCGUUCUUUUGUACCAUGGAUCUAAACAAGAACGUUCAAGCCUUCGAAAAAGUAAAAUGGGAAUGAUGCAUCCUGAUUUUCCUAUUGUUGUAACUUCAUAUGAAGUGAUUAUGAAUGAUAAGUUGUAUUUGAAGCGUUACCAAUGGAAAUAUAUUGUAGUGGAUGAAGGGCAUCGUAUUAAGAACCUAAAUUGUAAAUUGAUACGGGAACUUAAAAGCUAUGAUUCUGCAAAUCGAUUGUUGUUAACUGGUACUCCUCUUCAAAAUAAUUUAACAGAGCUUUGGAGCUUGCUUAAUUUCCUUUUGCCUGAUAUUUUUGAUGAUUUAGAUUCUUUUCAGAGUUGGUUUGAUUUUUCUGCAUUUCAAGAUAAAAAGGAUGAAGAGACCUUAUUGAAAAGUAUGGAUGUUGUAUCUACUCUUCAUUGUAUUUUAAAACCAUUUCUUCUUCGUCGUUUAAAAGCUGAUGUGGAACAGUCUGUUUCAAAGAAGAGGGAAUAUAUCCUUUAUUCUCCUAUGACAAUUUAUCAAAAUGAACUUUAUAAUGCUAUUUUGAAUAAAGAUGUUAGAAGUUUUUUGAUGAAAAAGCAUUCUAGUGGUUUUACUAGUGAUGAGGUUUUAGGAGUAGAUAAUGAAGAGCAAAAUAUUCAAAGUUCUUGUGUUUCGAAAUCUAUUAAGAUUAAUAGACGUUCUGUUCCUCGAAGAAAUCGGUCUAGGAUUUCAUAUAGUGAAUUAAGGGAUGACGAAUCUUCUGAUAGCUUAGAUAGAUGGUUGUAUAAUGGAGAUGAAAAAAAACAUAAGUCCUUAUAUAAAGAAAAUCUUGAAAAUAAUGUUUCUCAGUUAAAAUUGCAGAAUCUCAUUAUGCAGUUAAGAAAAGUUUGCAAUCAUCCUUAUAUGAUAGGUUUUCAUACUUAUUUUGAUGCAGAUAAGCUUUUGGUUGAUGAAAAUAUUGUAAAUAUGUCUGGGAAAAUGUUAUUAUUACAACGUCUUCUUCCUACUCUUUUUGAAGAUAAUCAUAAAGUUUUAAUUUUUAGUCAAUUUACAAAAAUGCUUGAUAUUAUCGAGUUAUGGGCAGUUAAUAUGCAAAACUGGGAAAUAUGUCGAAUAGAUGGUCUUACUAAGCAAAAUGAAAGGGAAAGACAAAUAGAGGAUUUUUAUGAAAAUCCUAAUAUAAAAUUAUUUCUAUUAUCUACUAGAGCUGGUGGAUUAGGUAUCAAUCUUACAGUAGCAGAUACAGUAAUUAUUUUUGAUUCAGAUUGGAAUCCACAGCAAGAUCUUCAAGCUCAAGACCGAGUUCAUCGUAUUGGUCAGGAUAAGCCUGUUAUUGUAUAUCGUUUGGUUUCUGCAAAUACUGUUGAGGAAAAAAUAUUGGAAAGAGCUAACUCAAAACGAUGUCUUGAGAAGCUUGUUAUUCAAAAAGGAAAAUUUAAAUCGCUUAUGUCGAUAUCAUCUAAAGAUGAUGAAGAGGAACUAACUUCAAUGCUUUUAUUUGAAGAUGCGAAGAAAAUUGUUGUAAAAGGGAAAGAUGAUGAAAUUCUUUCUAAUGAAGACUUGAAAAGUCUUUUAGAUAGAAGUGACGAUGCAUAUAAAAUUUCAGAGAAGAGCACUUCAUGUGUAAAUUAUCGAAUUGUGAAUUAA